AUGGCGGCCUCGCGGCCGGCCAUCGACCCGGACGAGGGCCUCGCGGCCCUCUUCCAGCGCGCCCACGUGGGCGCGCGCAGAGCUUCAAGCCUGCUGCUGCAGCCGCAGCUGCAGGAUUUGGAGAACGUGUACGACCUCUUGGAGGCGGUGCGGAGCGGCGCGAGCGCCGCGUCGCUCGGCAUCAGCGCGCGCGACUUCGAGCGGAUCUGCGACUGCGCGCUGCCCGCGCUGCGCAGCGCUGAGGCAGCAGCUGCGGCUUUGGCACUGCAGCAGCAGCUGCUGCUUCUUCUUCUGAGGAGCAGUUUGGACCCCGCCUCCCCGCCGCCCGCGCUGGCAUACGUCGCGCAUGGCAUGUGCGGCGGGCUCUGCCGAGGAUGGGGCUGCUGCGAGGCGCGGGGCGUGGCGCAGCCGCAGGAUGGGAGCGGCGAGGCGCGAGGCGAGGGCGAGGGCGAGGGCGAGCUAAGCUCGGAUGGCGACUCGGACCGGUCUGCGGGAGACCCUGUGUGGGGCUCGGCGGCGCUGGAGGACGAGUGGCGCGCCGCGUCUCUCGCGAGGCAGGCGGUAGGCGACGCGGCGUACGCCGCGGCGCAUGCUGCUGGCGCUUCGCGGGCUGAGGCGUGCGACGCCGCCGUGAGGGCGGUGAGGUUGGACGAGGUCGAGGCUCAGUCCUCGUUCCUCGAUUGGGAGGGGGAGGAGCGGCCGGAGGAGUACGCCGGCCUCUUUGACGACCCGUAA